AUGGAGGCUGCAGAGGGCGACCUCUUUGGCCCCGAUGAGGAGGCACCUGAGGAGCAGCAGCAGGAGCAGCAGCAGGAGCAGCAGCAGGAACUGCAGCAGGAACUGCAACAGGAACUGCAACAGGAGCAGCAGCAGGAGCUGCAACAGGAGCAUCAGGGAUUGUUUUCUUCCAGUGAAGGUGUGCUGCUUGCUAAUGAGCAGCAGCUAGAGUACGGUGAGCAGCAGCAGCAAGAGCAGCAGGAGCAGCAGGAGCAGCAGCUGCAGCAGCACAGCAGCAGUGUCGAGGGUUCUCAACCCCACAGCAAGAGCAAGUCAAAGAAAGACAAGAGCGAGAAGAAGCAUAAACACAAACACAAGCAUAAACACAAACACAAACACAAAGAGCAGCGGAAGCAAGAUGCAGCAGCAGCAGCAGCAGCAGAUGAAGAUGAUGAUACACUCGGGGGUUUUAUUGAAAGAGAUGCAGAAGCAGCAGUCCAUGAAGACCCUGAUGAUGUUGUUCCUGUAGAAGGCGGGAUAGACAGCGAUAGGGAGCCAGACUGGACCGAGCCUGCGGGAUCGGGAUCGGGAUCGGGAUCGGCAGCGGACCCCACAAGUUUUGCAGGGGCCUUAGAGAGGCUGCGCCAGCGACGCAAAAGAAAACCUCAGCCCUUAGACGCUGACUUGCAGCUUUUCUGCAAUAAAAUGCUUCAAAAGAUGUCUGAAGCUUCACAACAAGACGAGAAGAGCCUGGAGGAGGGGAAGCCGGCGACAGCCAAAUUGCAGAUGCUGGAUUCUGUGUGCACGGAGUUAGUGAAGGUGUUAGCAGGCUGGCUCGCACCUUUCAGAGACGAAAGUUUGCCGAACGCUUCUCUUCGACAGCGUCUGUUGCAGGUUAUAUCCCUCUUACCUAUUACUCCUCAAGACUUAGCUAAUAACGACCUAGGAAAGGUUCUCGUUCUUCUGUGGCAGCACCCAGAUGAGACAGAAGCUAAUCGCCAGCUUAUUAGGGGACUCAUACAAAAAUGGAUGAGACCCGUAUUAGGCCUCGGGUCCAGUCAUCGGCAGCUAAUGUCUGAGAGGGAGAGAGCCUUCGAGUCCAACGACUUGGAUUUGCAGCAGAAGCUUGUGAAGGCAGCUGAGGCCGCCCAGCAGUUGUUAAGCAAGACAGAAGCUGAAGGAGCUGCUGACGACCAGGCAGAGAGACGAAGACGCACAGCGAGAAUUCCUAUCAAGAGGGGGCACAGCUUCAUUAUACAGCCGAGGUCUCAGGUGGAUGUGGAGGAGACAGAAGCAAAGCAGCAGCAGGCUUCCCAGCUCAAUCGGGCGCUGCGUAUCGGAGCCAGGGGCCCCCGCCGCCCCACAAAGGCAGCAAAGGUGUCUAUAGAGGGCCGUGGGCUGUAG